AUCCUUCCCCGCUGCCUCCACACGGUGUUGCUCUACUGGAACGCCUACACAACACCCGCAUGCCAAUCCAUUGCAAUAGUAUUGACCUAGCCUGGCUUAUGCCCACACCUGCCUCAAAAUUACAGAAUUCAGAAGCUCCGUACCCGAGGUUGGGUCCGUGACUACUCGUUCUACCGUACCAUAUCUCGGUUGUUGACUUGUUUUAGGACCUUGAAAACCAAUUUUAAACAACCUCGAUAGGUGACAACCAGGUUCGACUUCCCGUUUCAGUGACGCUAGCUGCAUCUCGUUGCUUUCACAGCCGACUUUCGAAAUCAGUCAUAAGGUGAGCCAGAAACACAAUGGAUCAGUGGGUUCACCCUGCCUUUAAUGUCGGCGUAAUUGAAAGAAAAAAGAAGUGCAUAUCUAAGGGUAUUCACAGGAGAAUCCGAGCCGGAAUCUGCGGGGAAUUCAGCGGGAAUUCAGGGGAUCAUAAUUUCUCGGGUAGUAACAACCAGAAUAACCUACAUAUGGGCCACCUAAACUAUGCCGCCAACGUCGGAACAAUAUAUCAAGGAUGUACGUUUAGAUCUGAGGAUAGAGGUAUGACCAGCAUUCUCGAGAGUUUUCUGCGGGGAGCUAAUGUGCUAUUGCAAGCGGAAGAAGCAUCUAGGCCUUAUCAGAUGAUUCCAUACAGCAGGAACCGUAAAUUCACAGGCCGCGAUCAUCUCAUUGAGUCGGUAAAGAGGCUUUGCAAGCGUGAUGGCCACAACAGGAUCGCUCUUCAUGGAUUAGGAGGCGCUGGGUAUGCAGUCAUUAAUUUUAUAUCCGGAGCGUUUACUAACAUCACUUAGAAAGACCCAGAUUGCCCUCGAAUACGUUUAUCGGCGUGCAAGCGAGGGAGAUUGUGACAUUUUCUGGGUGCAAGGAAGUGGAGUGUUAAAUUUUAGAGAGGGCUUCAGGGCUAUCGGGCAACAUGUUCGAAUUCCUCUAGGUAGCGCUGAGACGGAAGAAGAGGGAUUCCUAUUGAGUAUAAAGAGGUGGUUUGAAGGCCGAGACAGCCGUGAUUGGAUCCUGGUAAUUGACAAUGCCGACAACGAGGAGGACUUUGUUAGCAACAAUAGUCCCAUCGCUAAGUUUGUGCCACAAGGCCCGAGAGGCACGGUAAUAUUCACCACCAGAUCUCGCCAAGUUGCAUUUCGGCAAGAGUGCGAGAGGAUCGAUAUUGGAAAAAUGGACGAAGAUGAGGCCAAGACACUGUUUUUCGAACACUUUGGUAGUUGGGGAAGCUUGAGGAAUGGGGAAGAGGAGGUUGUUGCCACGAUCCUGAGUUCGGUCGAUCACCUGCCGCUGGCUGUUGUGAGCUCUGCAGUUUUCAUGGCCGAGACCGAAACACCGCCCACCGACUACUGGAUAAUUUUCCAGGAGAACGAUCAGCGAAGGGUGAAGCUACUUUCACAGCAGUUUAGCGAUAUCCGCCGCGAGUCAGACGUGACGGGAAGUAUUUUGAGCACUUACUUCAUCACCUUUGACCGAAUUACGAGGCAGAUGCAGACUGCCGGCCAUCUCUUGCGGCUAAUUGCAUUCGUUGACCGCCAAAAUAUCCCCGAGCAGUUCCUGAGAGAAUCUGGCGUUGGAGGGGUGGAUGAUCCGGUUGAAUUCCGUCGGGCUAUUGGGAAACUAUUAGGAUUCUCGCUAGUUACCGCCAUUAGACACGAGAACAAGACAUUUUAUGAGCUUCACCACUUGGUCCAGCUAUCGAUACAGGCCUAUUUAUCGCCGGAAGAGCUGCAUAGAUGGAGUGACAACGCACUAGGAAUUAUUUCUCGAAUUUUCCCUAAAUAUGAGCACGAGCACCGGGAUAUUUGCGAGUCAUUCAUUCCACAUGCACUUGCGGUAACCGAAGGUAGAAUGGAUAUUAUUUCCGAAGAUCUUUGUUUCCGCAUGGCAGAGUACUUUCUACACUUGGGUUUCUACAACAAUGCAGAAGCACAGAUCGGUCGAUGUAUCAGAUUCCGCGAGGAGAAUAAGGGGCAAGGCUGGGAUAAAAGUCAUAGGAGAUUUAUGCUCCUGGGGCGGGUGAGGGCACACCAAGGGAGGGCAGAGGAGGCGGAGGAGAUACUUCGGAAUGUGCUGGAGGAUCUUGGGGGGUUAUUGGGUCCGAACGAUCCGGACGCCCUGGAGUGCUUAUCUUACCUAGCAAGUGUGAUGAAUGAUCUCGGAAAGUACGAUGAAUCAGAGACCAUGAAUCGGUAUGCGUUCGAAGUGCGUGACAAGGCUCUCGGGAAAGACCACCCGGAUACCCUAACAAGUUCCAACAACCUGGCUUUUGUGUUGCAAUACCAAGGAAAUUAUGGGGAAUCAGAGAGGAUGCAUCGGCGUGCACUGGAGGGACGCGAGAAGGUUCUCGGACCAGACCAUCCCGACACCCUAAGGGGCCUCAACCUCCUAGCUAUUGUGCUGCGAUCCCAAGGAAAGCACGGAGAAUCGGAGACGAUGCAUCGGCGUGCACUGGAGGGACGCGAGAGAGUUCUCCGACCAGACCACCCCGACACCCUAAAAAGCCUCAACAACCUGGCUGUUGUGCUGCGAUACCAAGGAAAGUACAUAGAAUCAGAAACCAUGCAUCGGCGUGCACUGGAAGGACACGAGAAGGUUCUCGGACCAGACCACCCUGACACCCUACUAAGCCUCGACAACUUGGCU